AUGAGUGAGGUGACAGAAGUUGAGGGUAAAAAGAAUGUCCAAGAUACUGCUAGUGCAGAUGAUAAGAGGGAUAUGUUCAUGCAGAUAAUACAAAUGACUUUUACGUCUCACGAGGCUGCGUAUGAUUUCUACAACAGCUAUGCUAGAGAUAAUGGUUUCAGCAUUAGAAAGAAUAGGGUCAGACAAGGAAAACGUGACAGCAUGUUGCUCACCGAGGAAGGACACAGCCGUAGGCUCAGACCCCAGACACGCUGCCACUGUGAAACGCACCUGAACGUGAAGCUUGACCAAAAGCGUGGGGUUUGGUAUGUUGAUAGUUUUGAGGACAAGCAUAGCCAUAUCUUGGCAGGACCGGACGAGGUACCUUUUCUUUGGUCCCACAGAAAAAUCAAAGAGUACCAGAGAGCUGAGAUACUGUCCAUGGGAGCUGCAGGGAUUAGAAUUCACGACAUGAUGGAUUCCUUCAUCAGCAAACAUGUAUGGUAUGGCGGUGUUGGUUUUACCAGGCGUGAAAUAUACAACCUUUGCGCCAGGGAGAAGAGGAAGCUGCUUUCAAAAGGUGAUGCUGCCACAGUCAUAGGCAUCAUGGUCAGUAGGAAACAGAGGGAUCCUAGCUUCUUUUUCGAGUACAAGCUAGAAAAGGAAGGACAUAUGAAUAGGAUGUUCUGGUGUGACUCCCAGUCUCCUCAUGACUAUGAGGACUUCGGCGACGUGCUUGUAUUUGAUAGCACGUACAAGAUGAACCGGUAUGACGGUGAAAUGACCCUGGUGGAUAUGAUUUUGCACUAUGAGAAUGCUGUUGUACGUAUCCGUGAGAAUGAGGCACGAGAUGAUUGCACGGCCUCACAGAGUUUACCGGUGCCAGUUACUAGCUCGAGGGAACUUGAGAUAGCUGCUUCUCAUGUCUUCACUCCAGCAAACUUCUAUAUGUUGCAAGUUGAUCUUAGGAGAAUUGGUGGCAUGGAGAUUGUAGAAAUAAAGCUCGAAGACGGAUCACAGCAGUACAUCGUGGCCUGGAAGAAUAACCGGAAGAGCCGUUUUUGGGUGGAGAGUACACUCCAGUAA